AAACAAACCACGUCAACCUGCCUCAUUUAGUUAUUUAUUUCAUAAACUAAGAAUUACGGAAAAAUCUUUGUUGUACAGAGUUAUCUGUCUUCAAAAAACCUUUCAUUUGAAGGGUCUGUUGCUAAAAUUGACCGAGUUUGGUGUCCUCUAAUAUGCUGCCAGACAAAGUUGUUCUGUUAUUUAUUGGGUUUUUAUCGUUGUGUGUGCUAAUAAACCAUGGUGCCUUGGCGACACUGUCUCCGUCGAAGAAGAAGGGCAACAAAGCCCCGAAAGAACUGAAGGUGAAAACGGGUCCGCAGUUGGCGAACGUAUACGAUAGGGACCUGGUACAGGGCGAACCGUCCGCCCGGGACAUCAUCGUCGAAAAUGCUGCAUAUUUUGAAGAUACCACGUUGAAGCUCUUCGAGGGCAAAGUGCUUGGCUUUGUAACGCCGUGGAACAACCAUGGAUACGAUGUGGCAAAAAUUUGGGGACCAAAGUUUGACUACGUGUCACCGGUGUGGCUUCAGGUGCUGCGAAAAGGACCAAAACAGUACGAAAUUGGUGGCGUACAUGACAUCGACGAUGGAUGGGUGAAGGACGUUAAGAAAGCCGGUUCGAUUAUCAACAAUCGAGUGAUUCCACGUGUUCUGUUUGAUAAAUUCGCCGAUCGAGAUUUUUCUCAGCUGCUCACCUACCCAGAGGAACGAACAAUCGUCGCGAAACUGCUCCUAGCCACCAUCCGGAAGCACAAGUUUGACGGAAUCGUGCUAGAAGUGUGGUCCCAGUUGGCCGCCCGCGUCGAAGACAACUACUUGGUUGGGCUGGUGGAAGAAAUCUGCAACACACUGACGGCCUCAUCGUACGACUGCAUUCUUGUGAUACCGCCGGCGCGGAAGGAAACGUACGACCUGUUCUCACGCAAACACUUCGAAUCGCUCGUCAACACGGUAACGGCCUUUUCGCUGAUGACGUACGAUUUCUCGAGUGUACAGCGACCGGGCGCAAAUGCACCACUCUACUGGGUGCGGAACGCCGUGCAACACAUCUGCCCCGAUAGUGCUGAAAAUGUGCGCGAAAAACGCUCCAAAAUACUGCUCGGGCUGAAUAUGUACGGAAGCGAUUUCACGCCGAACGGUGGACAACCGAUAGUGGCGCACGAAUAUUUGGCCCUGCUGAAACACCUUAAGGGACAUCUUACCUACGACGAGCAUGAUGUGGAGAACUUUUUCGAAGUAAAGACCUCCAAUGGACGCCACAUGGUAUUCUAUCCAACCCUGUUUUCGAUCGAUGAGCGACUCAAGCUGGCCCGUGAGCUUGGAACGGGAAUUUCUAUCUGGGAGCUCGGACAAGGCUUAGACUACUUUUAUGACCUUUUCUAAGCCGGCAAUGGACGGUGGAUAAAGACGAAUUGUUCUCCGACUGGCUUUAAUAGUUCUCAUAGUUGGAUGAUAGGAUGAUUUUCGGAUAAUAAACAAACGGUUUGUUUAUUAAAAGAGUAAAUUUCGCAGCUGUGCGAUAUUCUAUUAACUAAAAAAGCAAUAUAGUAAUGGUUCUCCUUGAAAAUACAUUCUUUUAAGAACGAAAUUCUUGUACAC